ACAGGAGCGGGCGUGCGGAAGGGGCAGGGCCAGGGGUGGCGAGUGGCGCGCGCGGGGAUGCGGCCCACGGAGGAGCCCGGAGUGAUCCAGCGGCUGGCGCCCAAGCUGGGCCUCGCUGCGCCCGCAGUUCUCAGAAAAGCAGAAGAAUAUCUGCGACUGUCCCAGGUGAAGUGCACAGGAUUAUUGGCUCAGAUGACAGCAACAAGCAAUGCGGUGAUGUGCCUGGACCUAGCAGCUGGCUAUAUGCAACACCCAGUGGACAAAAGCUACUUAGUUAAACUCUCCGGUUUGAACAAGAGGACUUACCAGAGCUGUAUGAAGUCUUUUGAGUGUUUGCUAGGUUUGAACUCCAAUCUGGGAAUCCGAGAUUUGGCUGUACAGUUCUGCUGCACGGAAGCAGUGAACACCGCUUCAAAAAUAUUACAAAGGUAUGAAUCCAGUCUCUCUGAAAUGCAGCAGAUGGAUCUUGAUUUAUCAAAACCCUUGUUCACAACAGCUGCAUUGUUCACAGCCUGCAGGUGUUUGAAACUAAAAGUGGAUAAGAAGAAAAUGGUGGAUACCUCUGGGGUGAAGAAGGCAAUAUUCGAUCGGCUCUGCAGCCAGCUGGAGACAAUUGGCCAGCAGAUCAGCACUUUCUCUUCUUUAAUAGGAGACUGUGCUUCACUGACACCUCAGCCAACCCAAAGCCAGAAGACCUUGCUUGAAUGCAUUGAAAAGGAAGAAGAACAUGAAGAUGAAGUUGAGACCCCUUGCAAGCGGCAGAAAAGUGAAACCGAAGCAAAACAAGAUUAUGAAGAAUGGAAAAAGAGAAUCCUGGAAAAUGCUACUAAGGCAAAAGGGGCCAAUGUCUGACUUCAGUCUCUGGAGUGCCACCAAACACUGUCACGGCCUCUGGUUUAUAAUUUUAAAUCCCCCUUCACACUAGUGCAACUUGGUAGCAUAUGAAUUUAUGGAUGGUAACCAGCCAUUCUUAUUUAUUUGACUGGCAAGAUUUUAAAUUGUUACGCCUGUCAUUUUACUAAGUGGGACCAGCAUUAUGGUGACACACUAUUACUACAAAGUUGGCCAAAGUUUGAAAGUUGACCCUGUGAUCCCUUCCCCUCGGACCAGUGCAGACCUCAGCUCUAGGACAUGGAAUAGCCUUGCUACUUUUAAGCAACAAACAGGCCAAAUAAUGGUGCAGUAUUAAGUGAUCUCUGAGAAGGUUGCAAACUCUUGUAUUCCAAACUGAAGCUUAAGUCAUGGUUAGUAAGCUAUUUGGAAAGGGUCCGUCCAUGAGGAAACAACUUGUGUCAUCGGCAAAACAAAACUGAGGAAUUCAGACUGUUAAAACUUUUUUAUAGCCAUAAUAUCUGAUUAAAUAAAUUUUCUACUGUGUAUGUGGGACCUAAAUGUUUUUAGAAAGCAAUAAAGAUUGCCUUGGUAUAAA